AUGGCCCAUACUGACUGGACCUUCAAUCAUUUAGGACCCAGAGAAGUAGAUCAGGUUAAACGUGGGCAGAUUGUUGAAGAAGCAAAAGCUAAAUCAGACAGACUGAGUGUCGCAGAGAAUUGUUCUCUGGGUUUACAGGAGGUCAGAGAGGAGGAUGCUGGUCGUUACAUCUGCACACAGAUCAGAUCAGGACGACAACAAGGAGAAGACGCUCAUGUUUACCUGACUGUUGUUAGCUUGACUCAACAUCAGGACAAUGAUGAGGUGACGUUACGCUGCUCUGUGUUGAAUAACGCAUGGUGCAGACACACAGUGAAGUGGCUGUUCCAGGGUCAGGAUGUGGAUAAAGAUCUCAAAGAUAUGAACACAUCAGAAUCUCACUACGAGGCCUCUGUGACAUUUCUGACUUCUCAUGUUGGAUACAGAUCAGGGCUUCAUUUAUUUACUUGUCAACUAACUGAUGAUCACACAGGGGAAGUAUUUCUGUUUCCCUUCAGCACUCCGUCCUCAGGUCUCUUGAGGCUCAUCGUGGUGUCUGUGGGUUUAGCAACACUCAUUAUGAUCGUUGUGGCGGUCAAUAUAUGGACAAGAAUUAAAGGUGCGUUAUGAUGUAGAUGAUGGUACAGUGAACUGAGAAAACAUCAGACCUCCUGAUGGAGUUUGAGCAACACUUCUGCCUCCAUCAGACUCCACUGAUCAACAACGUCUACAUCCAUCAUCGUGUUUCACAUCAGGAAGACUUUAAGAUCAUUGUUUUGUAUGAAGUUAGGUUUAUUUAGCAGCUGGAUUUGAACCUUUUAGCAUUUUACUCUUUAAAAAAAAAAAUGUUUUACUUUCUUAUAUUGCCUGAAGAUUUCAGAGCUACUUUUAAUAUCUACUGAUUGUUUUUGAAGAUACAGCAGCUUGAGCUCAGUUUAAUAUCUCUGUGUGCUGUGUCUGCUGUGUUGGGAUGUGUUUGAGGGGUCUUCACCCUUAAUGAAGUCAGUAACAGUCCUAUCUUUAUAACAUGUGAUGACCAUAUC